AUGGAGCCUCUGAUCGCGAGGCCGGGUAGCCCUGCCGGCUGUGAGAAUGGGCGCAUUCGGGCAAGCGGGCACGAGGAGGAAGGACGAAGGGUGAGCAUUAAACUCGUCCCCGAUAUUGUCGGGGUUGUAGAACCCGCCGAGCAGCAGUGGCGAUGCAGCUGCAAGCUGAUUUUUAGAAAGGCCUACCAUGCAGUUGAUCGCUGCUUUGGCUGCGAUACCGCGCGAGAUUACUCUCGCAGAUCAUGGGGCAUAUUCCAUCUAAAUUCCCGAAUUAGACGGCUCUGCACGACUCUCUCGGAGAGUGUGACCAUAAAGUAUUUCCUCAUCGGCUAUGUGUGUGUGAACGAAAUCCUGCAUCUUGAUGCUGAGGCGGCUCACCUACCGCUGCAGAUAUCAGAUCCCCUAGAACUCAUAUUAGUCGCUUUACUUCUCCUCGAGUUCGUCUAUGAUACCAUCGCUCUCGGCCUGUGGAAGGGGCAGCGAUGCUACUUUCGUCAACCCCGUUGUCUGUUCAACUUCUCCGUUUUGGUCGUAGCCAUCAGCGACCUCAUCGUGACGUAUCUUGCUCGCUGCAAUCCGCCACCGGAUUUGCCUCAAGUCUCCUGGUAUACAUCUGAAGUCGCUCUGUUUUUCUCACUGGCCCGCAACUUGCGUGUCUUACGGCUCUUCGAAACCGAGACGUGCAAGCUCGUGUUUAGUAUCUUUCGAAAAUGCCUGGCGAAUCUGCUAGCCUUGGCCGGUCUCGUGUGCAUCUUGGUCUUCUGCUAUCUCAUUGUCUACAGCCACACCUACGGCUACACUCAGUUCAACGUUUGUUACACGAAGAUGACUCGCGAUACACCGACGUUACAGCCACCUCUGAGUGGGUCUGGAGCCGAAGACACCUCGUUGGUAUGCAAGGCGGACAGCGGAUUCUGGGAAUAUGAUGCCAGUCAAGAGCGCCUCUGUCGACCGGAUUUGCCCUGCCGCGAAGGCACAGAAUGCCGAAAUAUCUUUCUCUUGCCGAGGGACUCGAAGCUGUGCACGUCUCCAGAGCUCUACGAGCUUGAGCUGAAGGGAUGGCGUGCGAUGUAUGACACACCCCUCGGCGAUUGGGGAUUGACUGGCUUCCAUGACACAUUCUCAGCCCUCGUAAGCUUUCUUCAAUGCGUAAAUCUCGAAGGAUGGACGGAGGUCAUGUACCGUCUCGCGGAUGGGGACAGCACAUACCGAGGCGUGCUUAUCUACCUUCUCCAUCAUUCGGUAGUCAUCCUCGGAAAUUUGUUUUUGAUGAACGUCGUGGUCGCCAUCAUGUGGGAGAGUACCGUGCUGGAAACCAGCAGAUCGCGAGCGACUGACGCGAAAAAAGAGGACCUCCAGAUGUUUGAGAUCUUGGGAGUGGAAUGGAUCAUGGAUCCGCUUCCUCCUGCAAAAGACGCCGUCCUGAUUAUUCUGUUGAACUCAGGGGACCGCGCAGACACUUACGGCUUUGUCAACUGCAUAUUUUUCGUGUGCUACUGUGUGGACGUUGUACUGCAGUUGAUCGCUUGCGGCUGCCGAGAAUUUCUCCGCGACGGGUUUAAGGUCUUUGACCUUGGCCUGGCCAUCGUUGGUGGAGUCGAGGUGGUCUUCAGUCUCGCGAUCUGCGGGAGCUUUUCCAGCUGCUCAGACGCCGCCAUUCGCGGCAGGAGCCCAGGCGUGAAGGCGACAGCCCUCGUUUUGAGUGUGCUUCACAGUCUCCGCCUCUUUAAACUGGUACGAAACUUCCCCGCGCUGAGGCUGCUCGUGGAAGUCACGGCCGAUUUGGUCAGAAACAUAUUCUUCUUCUACGCUCUGCUGAUCUUCCAAGUCUACGUCUUCGCCACAUUCGGCUUUGCCCUCUUCUUCGACCCCAACUACGGCAGCUACGGCUGGCCGCUCACUGUAACGAAGUACUGCAACUUCGAAUCGAUAUGGCAAGCGCUGCUCCUUGUCUUUGGUUUGCUGACUGGAGAAAGCUGGCAUGUGACGAUGCAGGAGUUGUAUAGCGUGUAUAUGGGUCGCUUUCCAGGCGCGCCAGGCAGUGCAGUCUCCUCUAACGUCGCGCUCGCGAGCCGCGGCAACGUCUACAUCAUCUCAGUCUACAUCUUCUUCGCCGUCGUGACGCUGUGCUGUUUCUUCUACAACGUAUUUGAGGCCGUCCUCAUCGGCCAGUACGUGACCGCGCGCAAAGUGGUGUUCAAUUCACACAUUUUCCGGUUCAUCAAACUCUGCCGAGAACUCGGCGUCGAGAUGCCGACGCGCGCAGCGAUAGACACAAGCAACUUGCAGAGAAUGUAUUCUCUCGCCUCGCCCAAAAUAGUCGGCCGAAGAAAAGCCUGGCGCGCGCUGAGUGAGUUCCUCCGCCCCGAUCGCUGCCCAACCAAGAGGCGCCCACUUUUUCAAACACCAGCUCGGGCGCCGCGUGGAUGCUCCAGAGACUCACGCAGUCCAUCUCCAGGGCCUCGACGCUGCGGCGCCGCAGCCAGAGGGCCUCCGCCAACGGAAGCAGGCCGCCGGAAAGGAGGCCAGGCGGCCUGA